AUGGACAAGGAGCUGAAGGCACUGGAGGAACGCAACACGUUGAAGGUGGUUCCCAUCGGCGUGGCACGGAACAAGACAGUACUCACCGGGAAAUGGGUCUUCCGUGUGAAGACAAAGGCCGAUGGCACCAUCGACAAAUUCAAAGCACGCUGGGUCGUACGCAUUACAACCUGGUUCGAAGGGGAGCUACAGCAAGACCUCACACUCACGGUCUCACCUACCGUCACACAGUACCUCGGCCUCAACAUCCGAGAAGAAGAAGACACUAUCUACCCCAGCGCCGCGAAAUACGCCGACACCAUCGCCAAGCGUUUCGCACUCACACCAACUGCUAUCUCCACACCGUACCGCUACACGACAGCAAGCAACAAGGAAGGCUCCGCUCUACUCAAGCCCGCCGGCAUACGCGACUACCAGAGAAAGCUGGGUUGCCUUCUCUUCGCAGCUGUCACCUGCCGCCCAGAUCUAUCCUACUCUGCAAGCCAGCUCGCCACCUACCUCAAGAGGCAUGAAGCGGAACAUCUGGCGGAGCUCGACUGCGCUUUCACUACCUUGUCAGUACCCCAACGGUUGGACUAA